AUGGCCCAAGGUCCACGUUGGGCGCUACUCAUGAGCGAUGAUGCAGUCGCAGAGAAGAUACUAGUAGGGUCAGGACCUGCUGAGGCGAAGGCGUUGAGUAGGGAGAUGAGUAACUUUGAUCAGGAGGUGUGGGAUGCGAACUGCAAUGGAAAUGUGGAGGAAGGGAAUCUUUUGAAGUUUCAGCGAAAUGAAAACUUGAAGGACGUGCUACUGGCACCACCAGGACUGGGCAUGUGUGGAAACGAGUCCGACUAA